AUGUUAAUUAGAUGUACUUAAGCUGAUCAUUUAAAUUAAUAAAUAAUAGGAGUUUGCAUUGAUAGUCAAUGCUAAUAUUAAAGGCCUUAUUGUAAUUCAUGUCUGGCAAAUCAUGGUCAGCACUUGAAGAAGUUAACACCAUUAGAAAUCUUAGAUGAGUGGAUUCGUAAAAGAGUCAUUAUUGUCCAGAAUGUUCAAUAGAAGGCUUAGGAGUGCAAAUUAACCCUUGAUAGCCUUCUAAAUAAAUUUAUUAAUUUAUGUAACAUUAAUUUAGCAUAGUUACCUCAAUUAGGACUUUCAUAGAUAGACAACAUAGUUAAAUGUUUAAGUUUAAUUGAAUUAUGGGAGAAAACUUUACUUAACUAAUUCUUAUAAGCAAUUGAAUUAAUUAAAUAGAUAGUUAAAGAAAUUUUGGAAAACUAAAAAAAAUAAAUAAAUUUGAGAUCAACAGAUAAUUUAUAAAUUUUAGAACCUUCAGAGAUUAAAGAAUAGAUUUUUGAAUAAAAAAAGCCACUAAAAAUCUUAAAACAAUUUAAUUUUGAACUGAUGAAUUAAAAUUCUAUCAAAUAAGAAAACUAUUGUUUUGCAAUCGCAAUUAAUAAAGAUAACUCAAUUGUUGUAGCAGGGUGUGGUAAGUAAAUUAAAGUAUUUGAUCUCAAAUAAGGGAAAUUAAAUCAAUCAUAACUCUUAUGUGAUCAUCAAUUUGAUGUAUCAACAUUAAACUUUAUGAAGAAAUCUAAUCAUUUUGUAUCUGGAAGCGUGGAUAAGUCAAUUAUCAUUUGGUAGAUGAAUCAAAAUAAUUUAUGGAUUUGCUAACAAAAAUUGGUUGGACAUACGAGAAGUAUUAGUACUUUAUUAUUGAAUAAUAAUGAAAAUAUUAUAAUUUCAGGAAGUAAUGAUUCAUCUAUUAAAUUUUGGAAUAAAUAAAAUGGAUGGUAGUGUUAAUAAACCAUUUAAGAUCAUACUUCUUAAGUCUAUUCAUUAAAUUUAAAUGAAAAGUAAGAUAAAUUGAUAUCUUGUUCAUAUGAUUCAUAGAUAAUAAUAUAUGAAUAUACCUAUAUUGAUUAGAUAUGGACUAUGAUUUAAAAGAUAAAAGCAGAAUAAUAUGGAUUUCGAUUAAGUUUUAUAAAUGAUAAUUAAUUCGCAUUCUAACCUAGUCAUUAAGAAUAAAUGCAUUUAUAUGAGAUAAAUAGUAAAAAUCAAAAAUUUGAAAAGACUAAGUAAAUUAUUGUGAAAUCUGGUUCAUGUGGUUGUACUAAUCUAUUUCCAUAAUAAUACUUAAAAUCUAAGUGUCUUUUAGUGAAUAAGAAUGGUUAGAAUAUCAACUUAAUAAGGAAGAAAGAAAACGGAGAUUUUAUAACUGAGUUAACUAUUGAAUUUGAUCAAUUCUAGAUUUAUGGUUAAUUAAGUGAUGAUGGUGAAUAUCUAAUCACUUGGGAUGAAAAAUCAAAGGAGAUACAAAUUAGAAAAUGCAAAGAAUUAUGA